AUGUCUACCACCCCGGAAAAGGCCGCCGCGCCUCAGCUCGAGAAGAAGCCCGUCAAGUUCAGCAAUCUGCUGCUGGGUGCUGGAUUGAACAUGUUCGAGGUCACCUCGUUGGGACAGCCGUUGGAAGUGAUCAAGACUACCAUGGCCGCCAAUCGGGGCGAUAGCUUCGCCGGUGCUAUGGGUCGGAUUUGGGGCCGUGGCGGGAUCCUCGGUUAUUACCAAGGACUCAUUCCGUGGGCCUGGAUUGAGGCAUCCACCAAGGGUGCGGUUCUCCUGUUCGUCGCCUCCGAGGCCGAAUACCAGGCUCGCCGCCUGGGUGCCAACGACUUCGUCAGUGGUAUCAGCGGUGGUAUGGCCGGUGGUGUCGCCCAGGCCUACGCCACCAUGGGCUUCUGCACCUGCAUGAAGACUGUCGAGAUCACCAAACACAAGAUGGCCGCUCAGGGUGUGAAGCCCCCUGGUACCUUCGAGACCUUCAUGGACAUCUACCGCAAGGAGGGUAUCCGCGGUAUCAACCGUGGUGUCAAUGCCGUCGCCAUUCGUCAGACUACCAACUGGGGCUCCCGCUUCGGUCUCUCCCGUCUGGCUGAGACUGCCAUCCGUAAGACCACCGGCAAGGAGGACGGUCAGAAGCUCUCCGCCUUUGAGAAGAUCUUGGCUUCCAGUCUCGGCGGUGGUCUCUCUGCCUGGAACCAGCCCAUUGAGGUCAUCCGUGUCGAGAUGCAGAGCAAGACUGAGGACCCUAACCGCCCUAAGAACCUGACUGUCGGCAAGACUUUCAAGUAUAUCUACGACAACAAUGGUAUCCGCGGUCUCUACCGUGGUGUUGCCCCCCGUAUCGGUCUCGGUGUCUGGCAGACCGUCUGCAUGGUGGCUCUUGGUGACAUGGCCAAGGAAGCUGUUGAGAAGCUGACUGGCGAGACUGUCACCGCGAAGCACUAG